GGGCCAGACAAACUGACAGAUGCUGAUAUCCCUCAUCGCGACAAGCUCAAGGACGAGAUUAUUAAGGCAUACAGGGAAGUGUACAAGAAGAUCACUUCCAAUGCACAGAAUGCUCUCGGACAUGUAUCAUUUACCGCUGACGUCUGGGAUGAUCCGACAUUUCGUGCGUUCAUGGCAGUCACGGUACAUUAUUGUACUCGAGACGAG